AUACUCCGAAAUCCGUUCCUCCCUUCACCCCUAACCCCUAGUAGCUGCUAGCCGGCCUGCUCAAAAGAUGAACACUCAUUCACCAAUAUAAAGCAGCGCCACAGCCACCACUUGCUCUGCAGUGGCACCUCGUCUAUAUCUACACAUCUCGCCGUCUUUGUCCGCACAUCCUCUGAGCUAGAUAUCAGCCGGCUGCACGUACGUACUGCUUGCUCUGCCGUACCGUUGCUAGCUGCGUCCAUCGGAUCGGUUGGAGCUAGCUAGGUAGCUAUUGGUGGUUGCUCGACAUGAGGGCCGGGGGGUGCACCGUGCAGCAGGCGCUGACGGCGGAGGCGGCGGGGGUUGUGAAGCAGGCCGUGAGCCUGGCGCGCCGGAGGGGGAACGCGCAGGUCACGCCUCUGCACGUGGCCAGCGCGAUGCUGGCGGCGCCGGCGGGGCUGCUGCGCGCGGCGUGCCUCCGCUCGCACUCGCACCCGCUCCAGUGCAAGGCGCUGGAGCUGUGCUUCAACGUCGCCCUCAACCGCCUGCCGGCCUCCGCCGCGGUCGCCUCCUCACCGCUGCUCGGCGGCCACGGCCACCACCACUACUACCCGCCGUCGCUCUCCAACGCGCUCGUCGCGGCCUUCAAGCGCGCGCAGGCGCACCAGCGGCGCGGAUCCGUCGAUAGCCAGCAGCAGCCGGUGCUCGCCGUCAAGAUCGAGCUCGAGCAGCUCGUCGUCUCCAUCCUCGACGACCCCAGCGUCAGCCGCGUCAUGCGCGAGGCCGGCUUCUCCAGCACGCAGAUCAAGGCCAACGUCGAGCAGACCGUGUGCAGCACCACCACCACGGCCGCCACCAACGCCAAUCCCCACCAAAACCCUAACCCUAGCAGCACGGCCACCACAAGCAAGCAUCAAGAAACCUCCAAGGCCAAGCUCCCACUCGGCCAGGCGCGCGACGAGGACGCUGCCGCCGUGCUCCACUGCCUGGCCGGCCGGAGCAAGACGAGGGUCGUGGUCGUUGCCGAGAACACUGCCGCGGCGGAGGCCACGGUGCGCGCGGCCAUGGACAAGGUCAAGAGAGGCGAGGCCAAGCACGACGCCCUACGGAGCGCGCAGGUGGUCAGCCUCCGUGUGUCUUCGUUCCGGGAGAUGCCGAGGGAGGAGGCGGAGCGGCGGCUGGGCGAGCUGCGGUGCCUCAUCAAGAGCCGAGGGCAUGUCCUGCUGGUGGUGGAGGACCUCAAGUGGGCGGCCGAGUUCUGGAGCGGCCACGUCCAAGGCGGUCGGAGAGGGUACUACUGCCCCGUGGAGCACGUGGUGACCGAGGUGCGCGCCCUGGCGUGCGCGGCCGGCGGUGAGCACGGGCUCUGGCUCGUCGGGUUCGGGAGCUACCAGACGUACACGAAGUGCAGGGCGGGGCAGCCGUCGCUGGAGAACCUGUGGGGGCUCCAGACGCUCACCGUCCCCGCCGGCAGCCUCGCGCUGAGCCUCACCUGCGCCUUGGACGACAGUGCACUGGGCGCAGUCAAUCAGUCCAUGAAAGCGAGCUCCGACAUGGAUGGGAACGGACCGGUGCCCCGCUGGCCGCUUUUGGGCGGCGCCCAGCUGACCUCCAGAUGCUGCGGCGAUUGCUCCGGCGUCAGGAUUGACACCAAAGCCGCAUUGCCGCCCUCCUUCGUGUCCUCGUCCACCAUCCCAUCCUGGCUCCAGCAUUGCCGCGACCAGGAGCCUACGCAUGUCAUGGAUCUCAGCAGGAACUGGAACUCCAUCUGCAGCAAACCAUCUCAGCGGAUGACGCUGCACUUCUCGGCACCCGUGUCUCCGGCUUCCUCCAUUUCCUCCUACGAGCAUGGCCACCAGCCUCGCCAGUCGUGGCUUCUCGCCGACCUCGACGGCAAGCAUCCAUGGAAACCCAAGUGCGAGGCCGACGAGAAGGUCUCGUCGCACGACUCGGGCGCUUCCAACGGCUCCGUGGAGGUGGAGUGCCGUUCCAGGUUCAAGGAGCUCAACGCCGAGAACCUCAAGCUUCUUUGCGCCGCAUUGGAGAAGGAGGUGCCGUGGCAGAAGGAGAUCGUCCCUGAGAUCGCCAGCACCGUCCUCCAGUGCCGGUCAGGGAUCGCCAAGAGGCGCGACAAGUCGAGGUCGACGGACGCCAAGGAGGAGACGUGGAUGUUCUUCCUCGGAGGCGACGCCGACGGCAAGGAGAGGGUGGCCCGUGAGCUCGCCAACCUCGUCUUCGGCUCGCGCAAGAACUUCGUGUCCAUCAAACUCGGCGCUUCCUCGACGUCCGCAUCCUGCUCCACCGAGGAGCACAGGAGCAAGCGGCCCCGGACGUCGGCGGCGACCGAGGGCGAGGCCUACCUAGAGCGGCUCUACGACGCCGUCUCCGAGAAUCCGCACCGUGUCAUUCUCAUGGAUGACUUCGAGCAGGCCGAUCAGUACUGCCAGGUGGGCAUCAAGGAAGCCAUCGACAGCGGGGUGAUACGGAGCCAAACCGGCGACGAGGUCGGCGUGAGCGACACCAUCGUCAUCCUUUGCUGCGAGAGCUUCGACUCCAAGUCUAGAGCUUGCUCGCCGCCAACCAAGCAGAUGAGGCCGGAGACCAAGGAGGAGCACACGGUUGAUGAUGAUCACAAAGAAGCUGAGACCUCGUCGUCUUGCUUUGAUCUGAACAUCAACAUAGAGAGUGAGCAUGCGGACGAGCGUGAUGUCUGCCUGCUCACGGCGGUUGACCGGACGCUGUUUUUCAGAAGACGGGAGGACUUGUGAUUGUGCACAUGAAGGAUCCAUGCAUGUGUUCAUCGUCAGGGGGUUUCUGAUGGGGAAAAAAAAAGAAGCUAGAUUAACUACAUGUAUGAUUAGCUCUUCUUUCCGUUUGUUUCUUCGUUCAAAACUUGUAGUUUCUUUCUUUGUGGUUUGGUUUUUGGGAUACCAGGGUUUAAGGAUUGGAUCAAUGGCAUAUUAAAUGGAGGUGAUGUAAAUUUGUUCUGGUGAUAUCAAUGUGUUUUCAUCUACUCUA